CCUCCUCCUCCUCACCCCCCAACCACGACCCUGAGCGAGGGAUAUACAGUCUUUUAGCCGCACCGCCCCUAAUCCCGUCCUCGACCGCGGUCGCCUCUACAACAACAACAACAACAACAACCUCUCUCAUUCUCUGUCUACAUCUGCACCCGCACAUUCUUUAUCACCACCAUGCGACCCUCAACAGCCGUCGUCGGGGCUCUGCUCGUUCUCGCACCCGCCAUUUCAGCGCAGGCCCUGACAAACCUACCGAAUCUGUCCAGCGUUGGCCAGCCUCAGGGACCCACGGAAACCGGGGAAGAGACACCACAGGAGACAAAAUCCGAAGAUAACAAAAGCUCCAGCGCGAGCGCCAGUGCCAGUGCAACGGGGGGAGCAAAGACAACAGAGCCACCCAAAUCAAGCACUUCGCUCCAGAAUGCCGCCGUCACACUAGCCCCGUCCUCUUCAAGUGCUCCCUCCAAAGCCAGCAACGAUGGCCCUACGUCGAUUUUCCAUCUCUCUGAUGUUCCUACGAUCGCCGGUGUCGGUAUUCCCCAAAUGGUCGUCCCGUUCACAGCUGGUGCACCUUAUAUGCAGAAGUCGAAUCUGCCCGACGGAACCGUCUUCAUUUGUGUAGGCGCGGCCUUGGGCUUCUUGGGGGCUUGCGUACUCGCAUGGCGAGGCCUCGUUGCUUGGUCUCUGCAUCGUUCCGUCAAACGUGCUGCUACGGCCCAGAACAUGGCAGAUCUCAAGGCAAUGUCCGCCGUUCCUGGAGGCAAGAAGCGUGGCAUGUACAAUGUCGUUGGUGCGAGCUCGACCAUGUCUCUCGAUCAUCUCUCCGCGGCCCCCACGGGAACCUCCAGGCCGCCCAAGCCAUUCGCUUCGCCGAACGCAGGCACUCCUCCAAGGUCGCAGUCUUCGUUGUUCUUCUCCCCCACUGCCGGCGGCGCUGCAGGCGUACGCGACUCUGUCAACCGUUCGUCGACCUACCUUCCUGCGGGAUACUACCCCUCUGGCAAUGCUCAAGCAGCUUCCGGCGCUCCUAUGACGCACAUUGGUGGCCACGGGGGAGCACAUCUGUCGACGCAUUCCCUCGCCACACCAGGCAAUCGUUUCAGUUCGCGCAGCGGCAUUUCUCCUCCCGGCUCACCAUCUCUGCCCCCAUCUCGAGGCUAUGACCGGGCACCUCCAAGCCGCGACGGAGUCUCCGUGUACCAGCGCAACAGCGUUGCAACCCUGAAUCAACAGAACAACCGAGGAAACAUCUAUGCCGGUGAGCAAGGAAGCAUGAGCCAACUUUCUCUCAAUGUUCCCGGAGGAACGACGACUGCUGGAGGAAGAGCACCGAGUGCGUACCUGGAAGACCUUUUCGAAAGCCACGGAAACGGUCCCCAGCAGCGACAGUAAAUAAUUCACGAGUAACUUCCAUUGGUGGAGUGGCUUGUGGGAAGAAGCCAAAGAGAUGAUGGGGAGAGACG